CAAGCCGUCUUGCUUUGCUUCCUGGACUCCUCCCGUGUCACCCGCUCCUCUCACUCCCCCGGCUGCGCGAUGGGAAGCCCAGACGAGCGUCAAGCCGUAGCCGCCAGGGAGCUCAUCUGCGCCAGCGCCAGCGACCUUCCUACGAACGAGGGUAACGCCGUCGUCGGCGUCACAAACCUGCCGCUCCUUGGAUUCCUCGCAGCCCUCCCGCACGCCGCGCUGGAGGCCACGGCCGUCGACGAGAUCAACCACGACUUGCCGGCAGGAGACGCCCGGGAGGAAGGACAGGGCGUGGUGAAUCUAUCAGCCCCCCUCAUGCAUCGAUCUGCCUGGCGGAGGAAGCUCGGCCUGUCCUCAAUCAUGGACAACCUGGAGGACGAUGGCCAGAACAAGGACAACAGCACCGUAGCGGGGCUCUCUGCGAAGCGGGGGAAGAAGAGGAGCAAGUACCUCUUGCCACCAUACACCGAUCUUGAUGGGUUGGGUCCUGAUGACAAGGAGGAGGGAGUCAGCGCGCGGGAGGUCUUGCUGUUGGUGCACGGCUUCGCCAAUGACAUCUUUCAUCGGAGGUAUUUUCCUGAGGCUGCAAACGGGUUUCUUGGAAUGCUUAGGAGCUCAACGUUCGCGCUGGAGAAUAAUUUGGCAAAUGCUGCCUCUGUUCCUAAAUGUCCAGCAGAGGAUGUUUCUGCAAAAGUUAGUGUCGAUGAUUCGUCAUGUAGUUCUGAGAAGAAGCAAGGGGGCGGUAUGCUCAAGGGGGGUGGAACGAAGAAUGAUCAAGAUGGAAGUGGAUAUUCUUCUGUCAAAGGGAAGGGGGUAGAGAAAACCACUCCACCAAAAAACCAUCUUGGUCAUGGCUUACUUAUUACUCCCGCUAUUCCUAUCAGGCAAGUGAGUCCAGAAGCUGUGAUAAGCCAAGUGAAAUCAGGAGUUGAGGCAGAUACUCUCACAAGUGUGCAGAGGCAAACGGAAGAAAACGUUCCUCCAACAAUUGGUUUGCUUCCUACGGAUGAAGGUGUAUCUUCUCAGCCCACAGAUGGAAAUGAAGACACUGUCCAAGAACAAGAAUCUAAUGCUUCUCUAGAGGCGAUGGUGCUGGAGGUACCCAACGUUCAACCACCCCGACCUGCCCCGACAAGUCGGCUGAGCAUCCCUGAAAUGAGGAGGGGUGUCAAGCACAUGAUCUCACGCCUCCGAAAUGGAGUCAAGCCCGUCCAGGAGAACCUUCUAGGAGAUCUGCAGAGGCUUAUGGCGAACCUUGACAGGGCACAACCUGCGCCAACUAGCUCCGCGGAGGCUACUUCAUAACCCCCGCCCACCGUCUGGCUUUGUGGCUCUGGUUUGUCCAUAAUUCUGCUGGUAUAUGGACUCUUCUUGUCUUUUUAUUAGUAACAAAAGAAAAUGAUGUAACUGUCUUACUCUUUCAUUGAUAGUGAUGCUUAUAUACAAGUUGAGGGGACGCGAUCAAAGGACGCGUCCGUUCUAGACAGAUGCGACGGUGCU